AUGUUCACCUUCCAGCAUCUCAAGUCUGCCUGGCCGGCUCUUGGCUUUCGAGCCACCAAACCGAAUCGAGAACCUGAGAGCUUGGCUGCUCCUCCACCCAAACUGGCCUCAUUAUUGCACCGGUGGGAAUUGGAAGGCACUACCUGUCAGUUCAGUUGGUGGUGGCAACCUGGCUCGAGGGCAGAACCCGCUAACGAUUAA